AUGUCGGCACGAAUCGCCAGGCUUCUCUCUUGCAGCCACCAGGAGUGUGCCCUGCACUCCUUGCGGGAGAUGGCGCUGGCCUGUGAGGAGGAGCCCCAGCAGUUCUUGGAUGCCAUUGAGGCAGCAGCCUUCGCGAUGGAUGUCAAGACUGCCAGCCGCAGUUACCGACAGAGUUUCACUGAGAACUAUCGCGUGCUCUUUCAGCAGUCUGCACGUCUCUAUCGACUUGAGUUCUGGCGAGCCUGCCUAAAUGACUUCGAGUCCAUCGCAGUCAAUGGUGAGGUCCACAGCUUCUCUGCAGCAACUCGAGGGAAAGCCAGGCAACUCCGUGCCAGCCGCGAGGAAUUGACGAAUGCGUUGAGAGAGUGGCACACAGCUGCAACAGCUAGCCGACUUGCAGGAUGGAAGCGAUGGUUCCCGGUCACAAGCCACGGCAUCUUCAGGCGCGUGGCGGAAUCUCUUCGCGAGUUCGAUCGAUCGUGGGUGAAUUUCGAAGUGAGCUAUGUGGCAGAGCUCAUUGCCAUCGAAGCUCAUGCCAGGAAGCCGGUGGAGCUUGCGAUCGCUCUGGAGCUGCAGCUCUCCAGCCUUGAGGGUGCAAAGCGGAUUCUGCGAAGGAGCCACAGCUCUGAAAGGUCGGAUGCCACAGAUCGCAGGAGGCGACGGCCUUCGCUCUCUUCAGAUGAAAGCCUCCAGAGCCGGUGCCGGGUUCGGUGCUCCGAAGAGUCGCGGCGCCCUCCACUGUCACCACAGUCCGCCACACCCAAGUCAGAGAAAGGUGACAUCUACGAGUUUGCCAAGACCGCCUGCAGCAAGAGUUCUUCGAAGGAGAGCCACCGCGUGCUGCGGCGGCUUGCAGAGCAGGUGGCAGUGCUCAAUGCACGCGCAAACACCCAAGGCAAAGGAAGGGGCGAUCUGACCAUGGAGGUCCUCGUGACGGCCGCCGAUCUCUUCCUCGGCGGCGAGGCGUGCGGCUCGGCAGAAGCAGCCGCGCGCCACUUCUUGGCAGCCAAGGUCUUGGACGGUUUCAUGGGCCUCCGGAGCUACUUCGCUUCCAUAGGCAAUGAUGUCAUGGAGGUGGACCCCCAGCUGAGCAAGAAUCCACGCCUCGUCAAAGCGUUGGUAGUCUGGGAGGAGGCCUGGGAACUCGGCGAGCGGAUCUUGCUGUGCCCAGAAAUGCUCCAGGCACUUUGUGGUACUGCUGGGCUUUGCGCUGAGGCCUUGCAGGUCAAUCCGGAGCUCCGUUCGCACGUGAUAGACCAGGAUGCAGAGCUCUUCAUGAUUCUCCCCAGGCUGGUAAUUUUAAGCGACUUUGGUGGUCCUGGAGACUGCCAGGUGCUCCGCUUCUAUUUGCCCCAGCACUUUACAGACGAGCUUGCCAACGAUCUCCAGGCGUUGAAGGAGGAGUUUGAUGGUAUCCGUGCAUGCUCUCCUGAGAAUUCGUUGAGUCGGACAGCUUUGGUGCGCCACGCUGUCCUUGGCUUUGGCCCGGCGGCCGAGUUCGAUGGCUUCUUGCGACGCCUCGAGCGCUUCAGCAUGGAGCUUCAGCGCAACCGGCCGUCAGAUUGGAAUCAAUGCUGCCUAGUGCUUCUGCAGUGCAUUGAAGCGGUGAUGCUGUGA